UUCUUCCAAUGGCAUUCACACAACUAUGCAGCUCAUGCAAGACGCAUCUGCUUCGAGCAGAGGCAAGGCAACCAAGAGCCUGUCAGCGAUGGGAGUAAAGCAUAAUCGCAUGACAACGAAAGGCCUGAUGAAACAGGAAUUACUUUAAAGCAGCAUAACGAAAAAUCCACUCUCGUAAGAACACAUAGAAUGGGACUACGUGGCUUGUGCGGCUUUUGGAUCAGAACAUUUCACGAUGCCGUUUCAACAGUUCGCAAAGAAUCAGUUGACCGGUAUCGCUCUGUCGUUGCGCCUGCAAUGCCCUUAUGUGUAUGAUGUACGGUCUUUGACUGCUCUUAACUCAAUGCGUGUGUGAGUGCGAAAAGCUGGUUGGGUUAACUUUACUUUACUGCGUGCGUGUCUUGGACGCUUCGUUUGCGAUCGCCACCUUCUCAUAAACCAUGAAGUUACGCAAGAGGCCAACAGGUCAAGAGGCACCCGCAAAGGGUGUGACAAGUGGCAUGGCAGGCACUGCAGGCACUUCCCCCGUUGCGAGUCAGAAAUCCGGCCCAAAGAAAAAGUCUACCGAAGACUCCGUCAUGGAUUUUCUUAAAUGUGGUUGCUGCGGAAACAUUUUCCACCAACUGGAAGGUUUCAUACAGCACAAGCAGAAAGGCUGCGGCAUUAAGGAAGAAUCUGAAGAGGAUGGUACAGACAAGGACAAAGCCGUGAAGCCUCCCUCGAACAAAACAGCACAAAGCAAUACAGAAGCAGCGCCAGUUGUGAAGUCCGAGAAGAAACCCGCCGUAGACCCACCAGAGCGGAAAGUUGCAGGAACAGCUACUGCUUCGAAGAACAACGGCGUGCAGAGGCCUGGGAAGCGCCUCCUGACCAACUAUUUGCAUCACAAACAAGUCUUGCAGCAACGGCUAAGGCAGCAGAAAAAGCUUCAACGGCCCUGCAAGACAGCAGCCUCGGAAAGAUUGCUGACACACGCAUCAAAACCGGCGCUGUCCAAAUCUCCUGCUGCCUCAUCUGGUACUUCCAAAGGAUCGACGCAGAGCCCCGCAUCCCACGUGCGGAAGGCUGGCACAGCGUCUUCGGUAGGCGAUCAAGCAACGAAAAAGAAAGUGUACAUCGUGGAAAAAAUUCUCGAGAAACGGGAAACCAACGGCAAAGUGGAAUAUCUGCUAAAGUGGAAGGGCUACCCUGACUCUGAAAACUGUUGGGAGCCCGAAGAGAACAUCAUCAGCAAGCGUCUCAUCCAGCUGUUUGAGAAAGAACAGGCAGCAUUGAACAAGGAACCAACGGAUGCCCAAGAAGACGAGUUAGAUGACGAGCCACCGCCCGAGGGGGACGAAGAGACGGAGGGUGCCAACAGCAAGCGCCAGGAGCCCAUCUUUUCAGCCUUGGGUCUUCACCGGCAGGGGCAGGAGGUCGGCACUCCGCCAAAGGACACGCCUCGCAGGGGGAGGUCCAGCAAGUCGGCCGCCAAGGAUUUCAUCAAAACGGUUUGCAGCAAGCGUUUACACAGCCCAGAAUCUCCCCCCGUUCAGCACGUGGCCAAGCGAUCGGCCUCGUUUCCCGCUGGCUGGACCCCGUCUGACGACGCUGCGGAGAGAGAGCUGGAAGAGAACGAGGCUGCUGAGGAUGCUUUGGCUGUUGUUUAUAUUCCGAAGCCGAACGACCCAGGCAAGUUCAUAGCUGUCAAAGGAGAGCAGCGUCAAGUGAGCGGCUUGGACCGUGCAGAUCUCAACCCCAUCGUCCUCCUGGGACCGAAGCCCUGGUUAGGUCCCAGCUGUCCCAGCGCACUGUCCGAAGAGGGCGUGGGUGCCUCGGAAGCGAAGAAGGACGAGCCGCUGGGGUCUUCCCAAGGUGAAGACACCUCAUCUUCCACAAUACCAGCGAGCGAAGGAAGAAGUUCGGAAGACUCAAAGUCGAUGCAGCAGGAGCCUCGAGUGAUCAACGUUGAAGUGGUGCAACUCGGUGAACCCAUAGACGUUGACGAGGAGGACGACGAUUCCUCCUACGAGCCUCCAGCCUCUUCUUCCGCUAAACUGCCCGCAGCCGCGGACAAGACCCACAUGAAAUCGUUGUUCUCUUCACCCUCCCGGCAACUCGCGUACCACCGCGGUCCCGGGCGGCCGCGCAAGCCAACGUUGCCGACACCUGCCAGACGAGGGCGCAAGCGAAAACGUCCCACUCGGGACGAUUUCUACUAUGAGGACGACGACGUCGAUUUCGUGCCUGCCCUCUCGAGGACGACAAAGUGCAAGACCGUGGUGGAGGUGGUAGGGGAAGACGGCGACCCACCGCCCGAGGGCGUGCCCGUGAAGAAGAGGCCCGGGAGGCCGCGGAAGAACCCUCCGAACCCGAUGCAGUUUCUGUCUCCGCAGCAGAAGAAGCUCCUGGCCGCUCGCAGGGGAAGGAAGAAGCUUGUGCGUCCCAGGGUGCACAAGAACAGGGUGUUCGUCGUGAUGGAAGAUGCGACGGUGGUGGAAGUGUCUGGGACGGACAGGCAGAAGGCGGUGCAGUGGGCCACCGAGAAAGUGCAGGCAAUGGUGGAGGGCAAGCUGGCAGCGGCGGAGGAAGUGGCACUGGAUGAAGAUGCAGGGCAGCAGGGUGGGACUGACGGCAGUAGCAAGGCCUCCGCUGCGGAAGUGCCAUCAACGGCAAGUGCAGCUGCUGCGCGGAAGAAGGGCGGAACACAGAUGAGCCUGGAAGAGUGCACGGAGGACGCCGUGGAUGAUACACACACGCUGAAGUUACCCAACACGGUGCAGCUGGUCGAGAGUGAGCUGCCGCUGGCUGAGGCUGAGAAUUCGGACUCUCUUAUUGGAAUGUUCCUCUUCCGGCAGGUCUACUCCCCCAAUGACACCAGUCUGCAGUGCCUCUUCUGCCAGUCAAAAUACGUGUUCAGGUUCCCCGUGGACCUGGAGAAGCACUAUCACGUGAUACACGAGAUUGCAGUGCACAGUGCCAAGGCAGAGUUCAGCGAAGCAGUUGUCUUUGUCUGUGUGCCUCCUGACGUGACCGAAGACACGACUCUCAACUCAAGCUGCCGUUUCUGUGACAUCACGCUUCGGACACUGUCCGAGGUGCGGGACCACUACCCGGAGGUGCACUCCAAAACCGUGCGACUUGUUCCAGAAUCCGCAGUUACAGAACUCGCAGGACGCUUUUACUGCAGCGUGUGCUCCUCGGGUUCUUCCACGUUCGACGAGCACCAUGCGCACAUGAAGGCGGCGCACCGCAUGCAGACGUACACAUGUCGCUACUGCGGCUACUGUACACCCCGCACCGGCCGCCUGCGCUUUCAUGUGAAGCAGCGCCACCUGCAGGACCAACCGGGACCCCAUCUGCAGUGCUCUGUGUGUUCGGUGUACGUGCAUGGAAGGGAGCGUUUGCACAAGCACAUCCUCCUUUCCCAUGCUGUUCAGACAGGUCAGCAGACAUGGUCUUGUGCCAAGUGCCUGCAGCCCUGUGGAAACUCGAAGGACUUGAUGUUGCACAUCAGCAAGUGUCCGCUGCUGCGUGCCGACAAAGGCCGGGGGGGCAAAAUGGUGACAGCAACGGUAGGGACUGGUUUAGCCAGCAAGGCAAACCUUUUCUACAAGUGCAACCACUGUUCCCUGACCUUCACCUCCGAGGAUGAGAUCAAGAAACACAUGGCCGACGGUGUCCAUGUACCUCUUGGUCAACAGCCUCAGGAGGAAGUAGCCGUAGGGGAUGCACGAGCAUCUGCGGAAGUUCCCAGAGGAGCAGAUGGCAGCGUUGAGGAGAAUGGCUCCACAAGCACUCCGUUGUUGGGGGUGAAUGGGGCAGCCAUGGGUUCCAGCACGUGUUUCCUCUGCUGCAUGCGGUUUGCCAACAGCCAGUCGUGUCAACAGCAUCAACAUCACGUACACAUGCGCUGGGUGAAAAAGGGCUUGCCGGACUGCUCCUCCGAGGACAUUGCAGGUGGCCAGUACGGGUCAAUGCCAGAUGCUGAACAGCUUCAGCAGAGUCUGGGGAGUGACAUAGACGUGUCCCAGCAGCGUGCUGUUGACAGCAUCAUUCAGGCUACCGCGGAAACGGGGGAGGAAGGCGGAAGCGCAGAAACGACAGAGGUCAACCCUGCGGGUGCUGUGGAAGCUCAGCCCAGUGAGGGCAACAGCAGCGAAGAUGGGGGGAAGAGCCAGCCGUCACUUACACCGGCCGACAUUCCGUCCGACGCGCAACUGCUGGAACUGGGGUUCCCCACCAAGGUGGGCCACUACUGUCAUGUAUGUGAUGCCGUUAUCAAGAGUUACGCACUGUACUACCUGCACAUGUACAACUUGCACCGCCUGGAAAAGAGAUUCCAAUGCAUUGUCACGGCGUGCAGCAAGACCUUCACCUGUGCCUCAGCUUUCCAGAGACAUUCCCUGAGGCACAAUCAGAAGUCCGAGAGCUUCUGCUCAAUGUGUGACAUGGUUUUCGAUAACAAUGAGCACCUUCAAGACCACUUCCUAAGCGCGGACCAUGCGAAUAAGUACAUGAAAGUUCAGGAACGGUACAACAGAUCUGAACCACGAAACUAUCGUUGUCGUGUGUGCCACAGCUGGUUUGGGCUCUUUGCUACAUUUGUCAAGCACAUGGAAACAGAAAGCCAUCAGUAUCAGUGUCACCACUGUGGUCUGCUAUUUGUGCAAGCAGGACCAAGAAGGAACCAUAUUCAGAGCGUUCAUCCAGAGCUGGCCAACAUCUGUGAGAUCUGCGGAGCCAAGCUUCCCAACUCGCAAGCUCUCUGGAGCCAUCUCUCCCUGCACAGCAUAGUACACGAGUGCAUGAAGUGCCAUCGUCGAUUCCUACAGAGGGAACAGCUGCUGGCACACAUGGAGGUUCACGCGCCACCAACGCCAUGUCCGUGGCAGGGCUGUAAUCGCAGGCUUGCCACAAAGGUGGGGCUGUACAACCAUCUGCGCAUGCAUCGGGGCGAUACGGACUAUCGUUGCUUGACGUGCGGGAGAGGUUUCUUCAAAAAGAAAGCUCUGGAUACGCACAUGAAGCUUCAUGAAGAGCCCUCUGUCAUGGCCCGUAUGGCACAAGAAAUCCAAGAUGUCCCCGCACAUGACAAUCAGGAAGAAACAGCAGGAGAGCUGAUCCAACUAAUCUGCGCUGGUUGCUUGAAUGGGUUUGAAUCUGAAGACCUCUUCGCCGCUCAUGUUUGUACUGGCCAUCAUGGCCAAGGCCAAGAACAGGCAUUUGUCGCCUCGGACAGCUCUGUCAUCAACCCCAUCCUUAUCACCCAAGAUGGCACCCUGCAACACACUGAACUAGGCGGUGCUCCAGAGCUUGUUACAACCACAGAGGAUGGCAUCACUACUACUGUGACUAUUAAUCCGCAAGAAGACCUCGCUACUCAACUAGCACGUGCUGUAGCAGAGGCUACAGGUCCUGGACAGGUAACCGUGUCGAUCAAUACGGCUGAUGGAAUUGCAACCAUCAGCCAAGAUCCAAGGGACUUGGCAGCCUUUGAAGGAGCAGAUCAUGUGAGUGCUCCCAACGCUGCUCAGUUUGAGCUGGCGCUCCAGGCUGUUGCGGAGCAGUCGGGUGAUGGCAGAAUACUUGUACAGCAAGUGGGACAGCAUGGAGAGAUGCAGCAGGUGGUUGUGCAAGAGGAGAUAAUGCAGCAGGAUGCCAUGCAGGAACACGAAUCCAUUCAGAACGAAAAUGGAGAGCAGGAAGCGUUAGAGCAGCAGCGGAUGUUGGAGCAGCAACAGGUGUUUGAACAACAGCAGACGUUGGAAGAGCAGCAGGUGCUGGAGCAACAGGAAAUGGAACAGCAACAAGCAUUAAAUCAGCAACAUGUACUGGAGCACCAGCAGGCACUAGACCAUGAACAGUUGGCACUACAGCACCAGACAGAGUUGGAACAUCAUGUCCUGGAACAAGGUGAAACUGUAGAUCAGCAGCACUCCCUGGGGCACCAGCAGAUGGCCGAGCAGCAGGAUGAGGUUGAGGAACAGCAAAUAUUGCAGCAGGAGCAAGUGCUUGCACACCAACAGACACUUGAACAUCAAGAGCUCAUGGAACACCAGCAUUUGCUAGAGCAUCAACAAGCUCUCGAACAGCAAGUGGAGGAUCACCAGUCUUUGCAGCAGCAGGACAAUGUGCAUACAGAGGAGGGCUUGGAACAAGAACAGCAGUCGCCCGACGAAGAAGUGCAGCAGCACAUCCUUGAACACGAGGUGAUGCACGAAGAAUUUCAGCACGAGCACAUGGUAGAAGAAGCUCAGGAGGAAGCCGUCGAAGGUGAGAUGACCGUUGACGACGACGCAGCCCACCUUCUCAUGGCUGCCGCGAGCCAAGAAGGCGUAGACCACCUUGCUGUGGAGUCCGAAAAUGGCGAAGUCAUACACUUUGCCAUUGUUCGGCACGAAGGGGAAGAGGAGCAGGAAACCACACACGAGAUUUCUGCGGGGGGCUUGAUCGCAUUAGAAGGGGGAGACCCCUCCAUGUACGCGGCCAUGACGACGUCGGCCCAGCUGGAGACUGACACCAAGGUCGUGGGAGCCUUCAGCACGAACUCACCACUGUUGUCGGUCGGUGAAGGCAUGACGAGCGCAGUCUUGAGGCAGGAGGGUGUUUUAGAAGGCAGUGAACAAAUGGUGACCACAGAGCCCCACGAGCAGGGCACGGUGGUGGAACACAUGGAACUGGAGGGGGAAGGAGAAGGGCAGAUGCCGAUUGUGAUGAUGGUGUCUGGAGACCAGGAGGGCCUGGUGGGAGGUGAACAGCAGGCGUACACCAAUGCCGCUGUGGUGAAAGUGCCCACGUCUGACGGCGGGGAGAGGGUGCUGCUCAUACCGAUUAGUUCCGACGGUGGGGAGACGGUCUUUGCACUGCCCAGUGGACUCUCCCUCGAGGGAGAACACGGGGACACUGUGACGCUCGAAGGUGCCUCGGGCAGCCAUAGCAUUCUGACUCUUCCCAUGGUUACGGAGGGCAACCAAGAGGUCAUGCAGUUCGCGGAGGAAACAGGGCAGUAGGGGGCACGUGGGACAUAGUUUGGUUUUUGUCUAGGAACAGACGUAGUCUGCGAGAAGAACCGGAAACAAGAGACAACUGUUCCUCAGGUAAACGGUAAAUGAAGAUUUAAUUUUUGAGAGUUCUCUCGUUGUAUUGCAGCGCUCAGUUUCUUUUUCUCUUCGCUUUUGGCGCCUCCUUCGAAAGAUGUGUUCCCUUUUGAGGGGUCGUCUCCGUGUACGUUUCAUUUCUGCAGGCCACUGUGCAUGGAGGACACACGUUUUGUAACAAAAUGUAAAUCAUUUUCAUACCAUCACGAGCUCCUAGCUUCAAAACGAAGGGAGAGAGGCGGGAGCGAAGUUGUACAUAUUAGCGUGACUUAAAAGUCAAAUUAUUUUGUAGUUUCUCUCCGACAAUUGGUACCGCAUUUACGAAUAGAGAUGGUCACCGGCUGGGCAAGCUCAUUCUCAUGUGUACAUGCAAAAUAAAUAAAGUGAGGUAUUUCCAGUAAUGGA